AUGGCUCCGCACAAUAUCCGUGAUCUUGUUCCUAAACAAGCAGGAUUUACUUGCGGAGAAAAUAAAGGCGGGCAAGCACAAAUUAGAAGACUACUUUCCAGAGUUUUCGAGGUACCAGACCCCCGUCGAGCCUGGAGUUGUACCAGACCCCAUGGAGCCUCCAGAUGUUAUAAGGGCCAAGUACUUCAUCAGAGAUGAAUUUCUUCGCAUAAGCACAGCCAGCGGCGACGGGAAGCACUACUGUUAUCCACAUUUCACGUGCGCCGUCGACACAGAAAAUAUAAAAAGAGUGUUCAACGAUUGUCGAGACAUCAUUCAACGGAUGCACCUUCGCCAAUACGAGCUCUUGUGACUUCGUUCCUGUCAUCUCCCUUCACCUGUCUAUCUUAAUAUUAUUACUAUUAUGAUUACAAUUAUUACUGUUAUUAUUAAUAUUAUUCUGAUUAACAUAAUUGGAAUCGUGCGACGAGCCGAAAUGCGAGCCGGUGUAAGUGCCCCGCUGCCAAAAUUGGCAGCGAGCAUUUCUCGCACAAUCGUCGUGGAUACCGUACUAGAACCUGAUCGAGUGUGAAAUACAUCCUUGUAGAUCUUCGCUACCGACGGAGCUAAUCAAGAAUAGCAAGUCAGAAUACAUUGCCAAGAAUGAGCAUUGUCAAUCUUGUACCGGAUGUUUUCCUUUUGUCGAGUGGUCUGCGAUAAAUCAAGAUAAAUGUAUGAUAUAAGUGUUCCGUGGAACGUAUCAAGUAGUCGACGAGAAUGGAACUUGGUCUCCUUGACCUCUGAAUUAAAACGAGAUCUGUUUUCGCUUUGCACACCCAAAUACCUUAUAAUUCGGUGCACAACUGGAUUUCACUCUUGUGUCAACUUGUGUACGAUAGGUGCAGGGUAACAUUUCGUGCACUGGGGAGACCGAGGUCAAAUGUCGCACGGGGCAAUUGUAACAACCACUAUGAAUUGCAUCAUUCAACUUGGAGAACGAAUCGAGACAGGGGAAGCUCCCCGAUAGCGCAAUUAACGUCUCACGGUAAUUUCAUGUUCGUUAAUCUCUUAUCGACAUUUUUCGUCAAACGGCAUGGGUGAGUAACGUUCUCAUGGGUUAUAUAUUUUUCCUUUCUAUUCAAUUUAGAGGAAAUCAAACCGAUUUACCCGUGCCAUGGCAUUGCAUAUAGAAGAUUUCGUUACAUGUUUAAUGGAUUUAAUGUGGAAUUAACUCUAAGUAGUCAUAAUUAUAUCAAUCGUUUAACGGAAUGCGUUGGGGACAGGUGUAACGAGUGCCAUCUACAUUGCCGAAAAACACGUUCGAUCUAAUUUAUUUGCGGCUCACCUUUUGAACACGAGAACAUGCCUUGUACACGUAAAAAUAUUCAUAAACGGAAUGAAAACAAAAUGGAUCAAUCUGACAUUUAUCGUUUAAUCUGUGUGUUGGUUGUAAGUCUGCCAAAUUUUAUAUUCAUUUCCGGACGAAUCCCAAAUUAAUACAAUCUGUUGUGCUUCUACGCAUUUGUCAACUUAUCCUUCUCGUCUUUAAAUAUUCAUUGAAUUUUUCAAAUUAAUAAGUAUCGUUACAUUUGCUCCGACGAGUGUUACAUUCGCACCCUAUCGGGAGUAAUUGUAACAAAGACAUUCGGUACGGAAAAUAAAGUUGCCAAUUUUCCAUGAACUUUCAAAGCGAUAAAACCUGAACCAUCUUUUAGUGGAAGGUUUGGUUAAUAUAUGUACCCAGUUUCAGUCGUGAGAAACCGUUAGUGUCAAUUACGGAAUUAAAAAUGUAAAAAAUUGUUACAAUUGACCUCGGUCUCCCUUACUAACGCGAUUACGCAGAAGCGACGCUCUCGAGAUUAAACGCAGAAGAUUCAAUUCUGGAUGAAAUUGCUAGUAGACCAGUGGCCAAAAUGUACAGUCUGAGUUAAUUGCAAGUUUUGACAACGUGUUUCUGCUGGUGUCAGUCUCUUAAAGUAUCUCUAAUAAGAUCAUGCCCAAGAAUUAGAUGAAUGCACGUCAAAUUACAGGAAACCGAAAACUAUCUCACCUUAAGGGGAUGUAAAAGUGGCAUCCGGAAGGUCAAUUGUUGAAACUUUUCUACGAACUAGGUGUAUCGAGUCGUUCAAAAUAUUACAACGUGAACAGAGAGAGGCUAUAAAGAAGGUCCUAACACUCGUAAAAAUUCAUGUUACAACAAAAAUUUGAAAAUAGCAACAAAUUUUUAAAAAAUUGAAAUUUUGUGAGUGUUAGGACCCUUCUUAUAGCCUCCAUAUUCACAUUGUCAAGUUUGAAACGAUUUGGUACAUCCAUUUCGAAGAAAAGUUUCAUAAACGAGACUUCUUUGGCACCACUUUCACCUCGCCUUAAAGUAAUCUGAAUCCCUCGAACUAAUCGAUUUGAAUAAAACACUUUAUUGGAAAGAUAUUCCACCGAACUGGCUGACAUUUUAGUUCGUGAUUCUUGAAUAUCUAAGGAAUGUCUUAGCACUUUCAAAAUAUUCAUUUUCAAAGAGAAACUUUUUAAUUGAUCUUCAUAAUUUUUUGACAGUCCAACAUUGGAACGUAUCGGGUUAUUCUUUAGAUGCUCACGAGUCUCGUGACAAAAUAUCAGUUAAUUUAGUGGAAUACCCUUCAAGAAAGAUGUCGCAUUCGGAUCGAUUUCAUGGUUUCACGUCAUUUUGCUGUAGUGCUCGUUACCUACUGGGACAAAUGACAUAGAAAUAUAAAUUCAACGUUCAGCGAAAA